AUGAGCCCGACGAGCUCGGCCUCUCGGCCCGGUUCCUCCCAUGAAGCCGCGCUCGGAAAACACUCCAGUUUGGGAUCUUCCAAAGCUUCGGUCAGUGAGCCAAGGGUGGGCCGUUCUCCAUUGGGAACCCAGGGGUGCUUGCCAGCCAGCCUCUCGGGCCUCAAUUUCAGAAGCCAAGGCCCUCCCUACCCUGGACCUUCACUGCAGCCUCUUCUGGGGAGCCUGAGACGGCGGCUAUCUAAGCAGAAGGCAGAAUACGAAGCUAAAAUUCAAAGUCUGGAGCAGCAUAACCAAGAGCUACAGCUGGAGGUCUCUAACCUGCGGUCAAAUUUAGAGCAGCAGAGGAAAUGGUACAGUUUGGUCGAGAUCAAAAUGCAGAACGCAGAGAGGGCCCGGAAAGAUGCCGAGAGAAGAAAUCAAAUGCUUCAGAGGGAAAUGGAAGAGUUUUUUGAUACCUUUGGGGAACUAACCAAUGAAGUGAAGAAGACAGAGAGAAUUGUUCAAAGCUUUUAAUAAUAAACCCAAUCCAGCUUUCCCAUUU